GACCGUUUGUUUGGCUACUUCCGGAUGCCAGUUCGAGUACUGUUGAUGCGAAAGGUCCACAAUAAAACGGCGGCGUUAUCCUCUGGCGCAAACUUUGAAGUUACUAAUUAGCGAGGAACUUUGUUUAAACACCUGCUGGGUGACGUAGUUAAUUGAUUUAGUUUUUCAGCCAUGGGUGAUGAAACCCAAAACAUUCCUGAGCUGCAGCUGGAGGCUGUUAUCGGUUUCAACGGACACGUGCCUUUUGGCCUGAGGCUCCAUCCAAACAGGAAACACCUGAUCUAUCCUCUGGGAAGCAUAAUUAUCCUGAAGAGAAUCGAGGAUGGCAAGCAGGAGUUCCUGCAUGGACACUCAAACAAUGUAUCCUGCAUUUCUGUGUCCAAAAGUGGAUCCUACAUCGCCUCCGGGCAGGUCAACUUUAUGGGCUUUAAGGCAGCAGUGAUUAUCUGGAACUAUGCAGAGAGAACAAUCCAUACCCAGCUGCUGCUCCACAAGGCUAAGGUCGAAGCAGUCGCCUUCUCUCCCAGUGACAAGUAUCUGGUGUCUCUCGGGGGCAGAGACGAUGGCAGCAUCAUUGUAUGGAACGUCGAAACCAAACAGGCCAUCUGUGGAAGCCCAGCUUCGGCUUACGGUGCCGGUCACUGCCUCACCGUUGAAUACUCCAACACCAACGACAACAUCUUCGCUUCGGCUGGCAACGGAACACUGCGAGUCUGGGAGUUGGACCUUGCCAACAGAAAGAUCUGGCCCACUGAGUGCAGGACAGGCAAGCUGAACAGGACUGUGAAAUGUAUAGAGAUUUCUGAGGCCGAUCAGUUUAUGUUCUGUGGCACCACAAGCGGGGACAUAAUGAAAAUCAACAUGAAGAUGAGGCUUCUAAUUAGCAAUGGUCCAGUUAAAGAAAAGUACAACCAGGGUGUCAGUGUUGUGAAGGUGUUGGAAUCUGGAGACCUGCUUGUUGGCUCUGGAUCUGGCACCUUGGCUCUUUGCUCCAAGAAUGACUUCAAAACUUUCAGGCAAGUACAGCUGGAAAAGGGGGUGACCUCCAUCGUCUUCAGCGAAGAGGGAAAGCAGCUCUUUAUCGGCACGGAGGCGGCUCAGAUGUACAGCCUCAGUUUUGAGGAUUUCCAAGCUGAGCUUAUGUCCACCAGCCCCAGGAGCGGCGUCAAGGACAUAGCCAUUCCUUUUGCCACCUCGGAGUUGUUUGCAACUUGCUCUGAGGAAGACAUCAGACUGUGGCUUGUAGGCAACCCCAAAGAGCUGCUGCGCAUCACUGUGCCCAACAUGACCUGCAACUCCCUGGACUUCAUGAUCGACGGGCACAGCAUCAUCAGUGCAUGGAGCGAUGGUAAGAUCCGCGUGUUUGGACCGGAAAGCGGGAAGCUGAUGCUCAUCAUUAACAACGCACACACAAUGGGAGUGACAGCCAUCGCUGGCACCAGGGACUGCAAGAGGAUUGUCAGUGGAGGAGGAGAGGGGCAGGUGCGGGUGUGGGAGCUGCUGCCUUAUGGCCACCGUUUGCUGGAGAUCAUGAAGGAGCACAAAGCUGCUGUGUCUUGUGUCAAAAUCAAGAGCAAUGACAAGGAGUGUGUCACAGCCAGCUCUGAUGGCGUCUGCAUCAUCUGGGAUUUAGUACGAUUUGUAAGUCUUCAAAGGAUGAUCGCCAACACUCUCUUCCGGACCGUGUGCUACCAUCCAGAUGAACACCAGAUCAUCACGAGUGGAACUGACAGAAAGGUCACUUACUGGGAUGUGUGUGACGGCUCUUCCAUCAGGGACUUGGAGGGCUCCCAGUCAGGGGCCAUCAACGGCAUGCACAUCACACAGGACGGCAGCCACUUUGUGACAGGUGGAGAUGACAAGCAGGUGAAGGUGUGGGACUUCAUGCUUGGAGACAUAACCCACGUAGGUAUGCGUCAUGGUGCCAGUAUUUCCUGCACCAGGAUCUGCUCCAACAACUGCAUCCUGGUCAGUGCCAGUGCCGACGGAGGCAUUUGGAGAUGGAAGUUCCCUCACCCUCCCUCUUCCUAUUAAACUGUUAAACAAA